GCCACGUCACCAUUCUUUCUUCCGCGCACACCGAACUUCUCCCACAGCUUUCAUUUUUCCUCCAUUCUCCCCGCAUUUUCUCGCCAACCAAACACAAUUUUCCCGCUAAUUCACUCUCUCACUCUCGCUCUCUCUUCCGUCCAUGUCGAUUAAAUUGCAGCUCCAUGGCUUCUACUAUUCAAGCUCUUCAAAUCCAUGGACUACACGAAAUUCGAUUAGAAACCCUACUUCAUGCAAAAAAAGGGAUAACUUGGAUUUCCUCUUGACUAACUGGGGCACUUCAAGGAAGAAAUGUCUUUUGAGGCUUGUUUCAUCAGAUAAUGUAAAGCAUAAUUUUAAUUUCAAGCUGGCAGGUCAUUGCAAACAUUAUUCUACUUUCUGUAAAUCAAGAAGGAUGGGACAUUGUUCCCUCCUUGCUUCAGCUGAGGAUGGUGUAACUGUCAAUGGCAGUCCUCAAAGUAGUACAAAUUCUGGUUUGGAGGAAAUGAGGCUCAAACUUAAACAAUCACUCCAAAGUGAGGAUUACAAUAAUGGACUUGUUCAGUCUUUACAUGAUGCAGCAAGGUUUUUUGAGCUAGCAAUCAAAGAACAGGGUUUAUUUUCAAAAGUAACUUGGUUUCCAACAUCUUGGCUUGGUGUAGACAGGAAUGCAUGGGUGAAGACACUAUCUUAUCAGGCUGCUGUGUAUUCAUUAUUGCAAGCUGCCAGUGAUAUAUCCUCUAGGGGUGAUAGUAGAGACAGGGAUAUAAAUGUCUUUGUCCAAAAGAGUUUAUUACGGCAAUCUGCUCCCCUUGAGAACUUAAUCAGGGAGAAAUUAUCAGCCAAACAACCUGAAGCUUAUGACUGGUUUUCGACAGAGCAAGUUCCAGUGCUGGUGUCAUCCUUCGUUAAUUAUUUUGAAGGAGAACCACAGUUUACUGCUGCCACUGCCAUGUGUGGCAAGGACACAUCGUUCAGUGUGGGGAGUACAAGUGAUAUAUCGCUUCUCAUGCUUGCACUGACUUGCUUUGCUGCCAUAACAAAACUUGGCCCUGCUAAAAUUUCUUGCUCACAUUUCUUUUCCAUGAUUCCGGACAUUACCGGUCAACUGAUGGACAUGCUGGUUGAUUUUGUUCUUAUACGCCAAGCUUAUCAUUCCAUAAAAGAUAUUGGUGUAAGCAGAGAAUUUCUUGUUCAUUUUGGCCCUCGAGCUGCUGAAUGUAGAGUAAAAGAUGAUCAUGGUUCUGAGGAGGUUAUAUUCUGGGUGGAUCUUGUACAGAAGCAGCUGCAGCAAGCUAUAGAUAGAGAGAAAAUAUGGUCAAGGCUAACAACAACUGAAAGCAUUGAGGUAUUAGAGAGGGAUUUGGCAAUUUUUGGAUUCUUUAUUGCCUUAGGGAGACGUACACAGUCUUUUCUAUCUGCAAAUGGUUUUGAAGUUAUAGAUGAUCCAAUUGGAGGCUUAAUUAGGUACCUGAUAGGGGGUAGUGUGUUAUAUUAUCCUCAGCUUUCAUCAAUAAGUUCCUAUCAAUUGUAUGUGGAGGUUGUUUGUGAAGAGCUGGAUUGGCUUCCUUUCUAUCCAGGCGACAUUGACAUCCAAAAACAUUCUCAUGGUCAUCGAAGUAAACGAGAAGGUCCUCCUAAUGCUGAAGCUCUCCCCCAAGCAUUAGAUGUUUGCUCUCAUUGGAUGCAGAGCUUUAUCAAAUACAGUAGAUGGCUGGAAAAUCCUUCGAAUGUUAAGGCCACGAGAUUCCUUUCCAUUGGGCACCAUAAGUUAAUGGAUUGCAUGGAAGAACUACGGUUAUCAAAGAGUGGAAUUCAAACUAAUUCUGUUGAGAGGACUGGAUCAGCAAUUGACAAGGACUCCGAUUCUUUUGAUAAGGCCUUGGAGAGUGUUGAAGAAGCCCUGAACAAACUGGAGAAUUUGCUUCAAGAGUUGCAUGUUUCAAGUUCUUACUCUGGAAGAGAGCAGUUAAGAGCUGCUUGUUCAGACCUUGAGAAAAUCAGGAAGCUAAAGAAAGAGGCUGAAUUUCUGGAGGCAUCUUUCAGAGCAAAAGCAGCAUCACUUAGACAGGAUGAUAAUGAUGGUGGUUCCCAGCCCUCAUAUAUCAGUGAGCAGCAAAAUUACUUGAAGGGAAGAAACAGAAAGAGUCCUAACAUGCUUGAUGGAAGCAACAGUUAUGUGAAAAAGUCACGUGGGUUUUGGAGCUCCUUAGCACCCGUUGCAACCGGCAAUCCUUAUUCUGAGUUGUCAGAUGCGGAGAAAUCUGGAAAUGAAGCUAUUCAGCUGAGUACUUCAAAUGUAGGUGCUGUUGGCACAGAAUCAAAUGAAAUCCACCGUUUUGAACAGCUAAGGAAUGAGCUCAUGGAACUGGAAAAACGUGUUAAAAGAACUGCUGAUCAAUCAGAAAAUGAAGAGGGGAUAAAGGUUGCAGAUGAAACCCCUCGUUCUAGCAUUGAAACUGGAGGUCCUCGAUUGCUUCAGGUUCAGAAGAAAGAAAAUAUUAUUGGGAAAUCAUUAGACAAGCUAAAAGAAACGAGCAUGGUAACUGCUGUUGGGCAUGCAGCUAUUCUGGCUGCCAUUCAGAGAUAUGUCCCUGCUUUGAUACCUUCAACGUAUGGACCAGAAAGGUUAGAUCUCUUGAGGCAGAUUGAGAAAGUGAAGGAAAUGGAAACCAGUGAAACGGACCCUGAAGAAAAAAACACUGGGGAAGUAGCCUGAACAGCAGUGCAAGAUGAUGUUGGAACCUCAUAAGUUGGAAUUUUCUCUCAAUGUGGUGGUACAGUUCUCCAUUUCUUUUCCUCUUUCUUUUUGUGCAUCACUUGGUUCUGAAUUCCAUCUUUA